CCGGGCAACAUACUGACGGUACCAGCGCUGGAUCAACAGAGCCGCUCUGAUUGCUAAAGAUCACGGGAGAGAGAAGAGGGAAGCACUUGAUCAUAACCAUGCUGAGCCAGGAGCAGCUGUCGUUGGUGUGACUCCCAGCGGUGCUACCAGAAGGAAGAGGUGGGAGAUGUCUGAUACUCAAGGACUCCGCUCAUUCAUGUACGCUUAUAGGAGAUCUGAAGCAGUAUCCCACAGCCCUCAGACACACAGAACCAACCACAGCCUUAAGUCCGUCGCGAGUCCGACUGAUUGACCGCCAAGCUCAAGCACCAUGUCCUUUACGUUCAUUGUCAUGAUGAUGCUUCUGGGCUCUUCAGUGGUGAUUGCAUUUGUCUUGCAGCCAUCCAGGGAAGAACCUGCAGCCUCUGCUAACUCUCCAGUUUACCAUCACAGGUGUGGGUCAUUGCAGUCCAUGAGGAAGGGUCUCCUCAGGGCUCUCAACUUGCAGGCUGAGCCACAGCUGCCUGUUGGUGGGCUGGACGGUGUCAGACAGCAGUGGAGGAAGACCUUCAGGACCCUCACUCACAGAGCUAAGGACACUGCAGUUCCAGCAGUGUCUGUGUCACCUGAUGCUGGAAAUGGAACGAGCCUGGAGUGCUGCUCCAUGGCUUCUGAGAUCUUUAUGAAAGAUCUGGGAUGGGACAGCUGGGUGAUCCAUCCUGCCAGCCUUACCAUCGUUCACUGUGCAAUCUGUAACCCUGAUCUGAACACUGUGCAGUGUCCAUCAUCCCAUGCCAACAUCCAAGAAGCUGACUCACAGGUGUCCUGUUGUCAGCCCACCUCCCAGGAAAUGGUGCCUGUUCUCUACGUGGAUGAAUUCAGCACCGUGGUCAUUUCCUCCGUGCAGCUGACCCGCAGCUGUGGCUGUGGGCCUGGCACCCUCCAGCAGCCCGGCACAGAGUAAAGUUUGUUUUAUAGUCCUGAGUAUGUGAGCCACCUGGCACACACACAAACACAUAAAAUACAGAAGAUGUGGAUAAUACAUUAUAUGCAGGCGUAUCUUCUCUCACUAAACUUAUCUUAGAUCGUCACAGUGUGUAUUCAACACUGAGCAUGGGAACCAAAGCAAAGUGUCCCUAAAAACUAAGUUUGCAUUCCUGUUUCUCCUUUCUAACCAGAAUGUGCCAGCACAGAUCUGCUGAGCCAGCCAAACACAAAACUGAUCGAUAAUGUGUGUUUAAGAUAAAUCAGGUCAUCCGUUUUACCACUAAAAUAAUAAUUGACCUCAAAUUACAAUCUAUGUUUGGAUAACAGUUAACAAACAAUUUUAAAAAUGUUUUUUUAUAGCUGAAUUCAAGCAUUUCUGUCGCACUAAGAGCUGGAAGUGAAGUGCAGCUGACACUCGUCUAAUAAAAGGCAGACAGUUUAUCUUUAAAUAUGUCUCAUGAGUGCAGAGUGCUAUUUAAAGCUACUAACUGUUACUCAGUGUUCCUUCCAAAAAAUGUGAGACGGUGCAGAGCCAAAUCCUCGCACAGGCCAGUUGUCUCCUCACUGAUCUGUGAAACAACUGUUUCCUCUUAAGGGCAAGAAAAUAACUUGAUCCCAAAACUCAACCUGAGGUCAAAUAAAAAAUAUUUCAAAAAUUACCUGAUAAAAAUCUAAUCUGAUUAUUGUGAAUAAAGUAAACUGAUUACCAUGCUGAAGGUCAGAGUAACAGGAGAAGAUUGUGUACACCAGCUUAACUCCCUGCACCUGAAUCUUAGUAUUACAACAACAUCACUCUGUGCUGUCCUUUUCCACAAAAGACCAUUGACAAUGUUCCAUUUUCAUGUUUCCACUGGUAGAAAAAUGACAUUGCUGCCAUGCAAACCUCCAAAAAUUGUAACUGUAAUUAACAAAUUUGGAUUUAAACAUAAAUAAAACAACGCGUAAAAAAUAGAUCAAGAAAAAUCUGAGUACUUUCUC